AUACUAAUAGUAAACAAACGAUUGAACCUUUCGGUUGAUACCAACAGAAGAAUGGGUUUUAUAUCACUCUUUCACAUCCAGAAGAGAUUCAAUUUGAAGUUCAACUUUCAAUAUGAAACCAUAUAUAAGGGACCAUUUGAUUACAAGAGGAGACACACACGCGCUUACAGAUACCCAUUUGGGAUCAACAAAGAGUCCAUUGAAGAUCAGAUCAAUGAGAUGAACCAAUUGAGACAACGAGAAAUCAAUGAUCAACACGUGUCACCAUUUCAUUUGGUCUGGAGAUACAAAACAAUGGCCCGCAUUCCCUGGCACGAGAAGUAUGUGUUGUCGCACUUGGGUUUGCAUCAGAGGGAAAAUGAUAUCCGUAUAGUAGUUCCCAAUACACCACACUUUAAUGGUUUGCUUUGGAAAGUAAAGCAUUUAAUCAAAUUGAUUCCCAUGUCGUUUCCCGACGGCAUUCCCACUGAAGAGGACAUUGGUUGUUGUAAACUGAAUCCCGUUACCGGAGCACUGAAUAUAAACAAGAGUUAUAAAGUGUCCAACGAGAGAGUGGCCGGCGCUAAAUGGGAUGACAUAUUUUAUGGCCGUUAUCUCAGAGAGUACCUCAAGUGGAGUUCAGGACUGUUCGGCAAAUCAUUGCCAGUCUCUGAAGUGAAUCAAAUUGAAGGAAAGCAUAUCAUUGAUUAUAAACGCAAAAUUACAAAUGCAAACAAACAUCAACAUAAUUACUAUAAUAAUUAGUUUAUUUAGUUGUUUAUAAAUAUUUAUCAUUUGUAAAGUUAUUUAAUUUUAAGCAUU